ACCAGCGGGCGCCGCGAUGGCUGAGGGCAGCGCGGUCUCCGACCCUCAGCACGCCGCGCGCCUCCUGCGAGCGCUCAGCUCUUUCCGCGAGGAGUCCCGCUUCUGCGACGCGCACCUGGUGCUCGACGGUGAGGAGAUCCCGGUGCAGAAGAACAUCCUGGCCGCCGCCAGCCCGUACAUCAGAGAGGGAACUGAAGGCCGCAGAACCCAUCCUGUCUUACAUCAUCUUCUUUGGGUCAGUAAAAGGACAAAGUUAAACUAUAACCCUCCAAAAGAUGAUGGAUCAACCUAUAAGAUUGAACUUGAAGGGAUAUCGGUAAUGGUUAUGAGAGAGAUCCUGGAUUACAUCUUCAGUGGGCAGAUCCGGCUGAAUGAAGAUACAAUCCAAGAUGUCGUACAAGCAGCGGACCUUCUCCUGCUGACAGAUCUUAAAACACUGUGCUGUGAGUUUCUAGAAGGCUGUAUUGCUGCUGAGAACUGCAUUGGAAUCCGAGACUUUGCACUUCAUUACUGCCUGCACCACGUCCAUUACCUUGCCACAGAAUAUCUGGAGACACACUUCCGAGAUGUUAGCAACACAGAAGAAUUCCUAGAACUGAAUCCUCAAAAACUUAAAGAAGUGAUCUCUCUUGAGAAGUUAAACGUUGGCAAUGAAAGAUAUGUAUUUGAAGCAGUAAUCCGAUGGAUUGCACAUGAUACAGAAAUAAGAAAGCUGAAAGGACACAGAAGAGUUUCUGGUGUGCCACUGCUCACGAAGCCCCUUAUAGGAGACGCUACUGCCAGCAGCCUCUUCCUCACCCCUUCAAGCCUUAAGGUCCAUAUGAAGGAUGUUAUGUCAGCACUGUGGGUUUCAGGGUUAGACUCCAGUUACUUACGGGAACAGAUGUUGAAUGAACCUUUGGUACGAGAAAUUGUCAAAGAGUGCAGCAACAUCCCACUUAGCCAGCCACAGCAAGGAGAGGCCAUGCUAGCCAACUUCAAGCCCCGGGGCUACUCUGAAUGCAUUGUGACUGUUGGUGGAGAGGAACGGGUUUCUCGGAAACCAACAGCAGCAAUGCGAUGUAUGUGCCCUCUCUAUGACCCUAAUAGACAACUUUGGAUUGAACUGGCCCCGUUAAGCAUGCCAAGAAUUAACCAUGGAGUUCUCUCAGCAGAAGGAUUUUUGUUUGUAUUUGGGGGCCAAGAUGAAAAUAAACAAACCCUGAGCUCAGGAGAAAAAUAUGACCCAGAUGCAAACACGUGGACAGCGUUGCCGCCAAUGAAUGAGGCAAGACAUAACUUUGGAAUUGUGGAGAUAGAUGGAAUGCUGUAUAUUUUAGGAGGAGAGGAUGGUGAGAAAGAGCUGAUUUCCAUGGAAUGUUAUGAUAUUUAUUCUAAAACCUGGACAAAGCAACCUGAUUUGACCAUGGUUAGAAAGAUUGGCUGCUAUGCAGCUAUGAAAAAGAAAAUUUAUGCAAUGGGUGGAGGAUCAUAUGGAAAGCUUUUUGAGUCUGUGGAAUGUUAUGACCCAAGGACCCAGCAGUGGACUGCUAUAUGUCCACUGAAAGAGAGAAGGUUUGGAGCAGUAGCAUGUGGUGUUGCCAUGGAGCUGUACGUCUUUGGGGGAGUCAGAAGUCGAGAAGACAUCCAGGGGAGUGAGAUGGUAACUUGCAAAUCUGAAUUCUACCACGACGAGUUUAAAAGGUGGAUCUACCUUAAUGACCAGAAUUUAUGCAUCCCAGCCAGUUCCUCUUUUGUUUAUGGAGCUGUACCCAUAGGAGCAAGUAUUUAUGUUAUCGGAGACCUUGAUACAGGUACCAAUUACGACUAUGUGCGUGAGUUUAAAAGGAGCACAGGAACCUGGCACCACACUAAACCACUGCUUCCAUCCGACCUGCGCCGCACUGGGUGUGCAGCCUUACGCAUUGCGAAUUGCAAGCUUUUCCGCCUGCAGCUUCAGCAAGGCUUAUUCCGCAUCCGAGUGCAUUCCCCGUGAGAGGGAGCAGAGCAGAAGCAGAGCCCCGACCAAGUGCAUACACAACGGCUCUCUGAGGGGACAGGCAGCAGCGAAGCCUGCUCUAUGCGCCUGCCUUUGUCUGGUACCUCUCGUGGUUUUAUAGUGCUUAAAAGCUUGAGCUUCAGCUCUGGUUUGGGAGAACACAUAACUUUUAAAAAACCACCUGGGAGGAAUCAGUUCCUCCAGUUUGAUGUGUCUGUAAACGAGUGGAGGCUAGUAAGUGUCAAAAGGAAAAGGGAAGUGGGAACUGGUACAAUGUAAAAUAUUGAAGUUAAAAAUUAAGGUGCAUUUUCCCUGAAGGGAACUCCUAUCAGACAGACUGCUUUGUUCCAGUACCUGGCUUUGGUAAACAAACAAAACCCCAUAUAUGCAAAUCAACAUAUCCAAACAUACCAAGAUUGCUUUUAUACUGCAUUUGGAAGGAAAUAUUAUGCCUAACCCUGCCCAAAAACUUAAGGUUUGUGCCUAAAUAUUAGAUUGGGCUAUAAGCCAGUUAGUCUCCAUUUACUAGUACUCUGUUCUAAGAAUCGUUUGAAAACUAGAUUAUGAUGAAUAGAAACUAAGAUAAAAUUUCUCUUUUAUGACAUUCUAUCUUAGUAAUCUGAAGAUUCAAUAAUUUAACGAGUCAGGUUGCAGCCCUCACAUGAAUUUACAGGAAGUUGCUGACAUCUCUGUUAAUGUAGGGUCAGGUGCAUCAUGCUGUCACCUCUGGGGCAAAGCUCUUGGAAUUGUAAAGGAUCUCAUGCCACACUGUUCUUCCUUUUCAAUUCACCAGAACCAUUUGAUAAAUAGGACACUAGUAAGUAGGAGAUUUUAUAAAAGAAAGGCCCAAGUCAGACAAAUAAUUAAGGUCUGCUGAUGACUUAAAAAAGAAAAAAAAGAAAAAAAGAACCCUAUCCAGAUAAAACAUAUAGCGAUCAAAAACUUUUAAAAAUACAGUCUCCGACUUACGAUGGCUCAUUGUAGGGUUUUUUGACUUGACAUUGAUGUGAAAACAAUACCUGUUCUGUAGCAACCACUGCACUCCUGUGAUGCAGGGCCAUGCAGGCCACCACAUCUCCCAGUGCGCGUGGUCACUGACGAUAUUUCCCACAUAGGACAGGUCUGUGGGUAUAUGACCCCAUCGUAAGUCGAGGAAGAUCUGUACUCUGAAAGCACACAGUCUUGUUUACUACUGCACAGAAUUUGAAAACUUGUCCUAGGAUGCGAACCUCUGUUAAGAGUCUAGUCCUUGUAGUGGAAUUUUCUUGAUGCCGUUCACUAGUAAGAGUUUUAGACAAAUUAUGUUAUGAGUAAAGUUUGGCUGGUAGAAUAAACUACCUCAACUUAAUUUCAUUCUGUUCAUAGUCGAGCAUAUUCAUCUUUUCCUCCUUUCUCUCUCAUUCCCAAGUCAGCCCACUCCACCCCACUACCCACCGGGGGAGAAGAGACCAUCAUUGGUGGCACUUAUCUUGUAAGAUAUUUUGUUUUCCAUUCAAAUUAUACCACCUCCAUGUGACAUCAAGAACUUCGGAGUACUUGAUUACAUCAUAAUUUGAAUUUUAUGCAAUAUCAGAUUUCUAAUCAAUUUAAUAUAGUUCACUUUGAAUUGUUUUCUACCAGUUUUUUUCCUCUUAGAAUAGGACUAUAAAGGCAGAAUUUUUGUCUUAACGAUUAAUAAAUGUACACAUGUAUCCUUUGGUUGUAAAUCUGAGAACAGGAAUUGCUUCUAGAAACUUUCUAUAAGGAAUGUUUGUAUGCUGUUACCAUGCAUAUGAAACAUCACUUAUAUUUUCCCACCCACAAACAGAAAAAAAGGUGACCUGGCUGCACUUUCUUCUUACACCUGUUAGGAGUCAGGCCUUUUAAAAGCUGCUGAAAGGAGCCCUGCCCGUGGGCUGCUGAAGAAUGUCCUGUGUGACACAGGCCCUCUCUGUUCUGGCAGAAGAUGUUGGUACAAGCAGGUAUGAGGUUUUUAUCUUCUCAUCAGAGGCAUUACGCCAGAUUGCCACACAUUCACAUAACAUGAUCAAUUCAAAAUAGAAAGCAAAGCCAGCUUUUCCCUUUGUGUUUACUGUCGGCUGUGGUCUUGUACUCUCCCGCACUCUGGAUACCUUUUCAUCAUAAGGCCAGUGGCCAGUGCAAAGAAAGAAAACUUUCUUCUUGUAAUUAAAUAGGAGUUUUAGGGCAUCUGCUGAAAAAGUAAGUUUUCUUUGGUAAGAUAUCUUAUACGGUAUAGAACAUUCAGAAGCUGCAGCUGAGAGUACAUUGAAGUAGUAACCGAGAGUCUAAGAAAGCUGUGGUAAGCAGUCAUUUUUUCUUCAUUUCUGAAGUUUAUAUCACCAAGGAGACAAUUCAUUGUUUAGGAGUGAUGAAUGGGUCCCUAUUGCAAUAUUCUCAGUGCCUGUGUGACUUGGUCAAUUCCUUUUAUAAAAGUAGUUCUUUUAAAAUUUAGUUCAUUGACACUGUAGCUGCAGAAAUUAGGUAUUGUUUUUUAAAAUAAAUUUGCCACAUAAUAUGGGAUGCAAUAACCAACAAAAGCUGCUAAGUGCUAAACCCUUGUUUUACUUAUAUAAAUAUAAAAAUAUUAUGUUGAAGUGUAGGGAGGUAUUUAAUUUUAUUAUGUUCCAAAAUUAAUGAUGACUUUUGGUAACUUACAGUUAUUUAAGUAUUGUGAAAUAAAUUUUAACUCAUUUCAUGCAGGUUUGUGUUUUAACAUUCCACUUAUGCCUUGACACAUCUUUUCUUGUUGAAUUUUUGGUACUUCUUUCUUUUAUAAGGCACUUUUACCAGUUAUAUGUGGGGAUUGGUGGCUGAGGCUAGAUUUUAAAAUGUUUAAUAUAAAAAUCUUUGGGAGAAGUGCAAUUUAUUUUCAUUGCCCUACCCGUAGAAGGAAAGUUGUCUCAGGUUAGAAUAAGUGCAUAUUUAAAAGAUCUUUCCUAGGCUAUAGUCUAAACUAGGUUUGUUUGUUUCCUUGUUUAACACAUCCAAAUAUAGAUCUUUCAAAGAAUUGCAUGUUUAGUUUAAAAUGAAGAUUUAAUUUGCGUGUUUCUAUCUUGCAAGAAGAAAAGGUGUGUGAGAGAUUGAGUGUGUGUGUGAGAGAGAGUGAGAGAGACUUGGUAAGUCUGUUUGUAGAUGUUUACUUUUUGAAUUGUAGUUCCAUACUACAUAAAUUACUGUCUCCUGGUGCUUCAGAUAAAUUCUUGAGCCUGUGGCCCUUUGGUUUAUACUACUGUGUUAAACUCACGUUGAGUGUAAAUAUUGAAAUAUUUGUAGUUUGUAGUAAGUUUUACUUGAUGUUUGCAUUUCUCCUCUUCAGUGAGAUUAAAAAGUGUCUACCAAUAAUAGUUGGUAGCUAUUAAGAUUCGGCCUAAGGAGAUCUCUAAAUUCUUUAUUUCCUUAGUUUAUUAUUUUGUUUCUGUGAGUAGCUAAUAGGCUAUUUUCAAACUGCAACAACCAGAAAAAGAAUAUUAGGGACCCGCAGGACGGUGUGUCUUGAUAUUGAUGGAUUGUAUUAUGUUGCACUAGCACCUUCAUGCCGGCACUUUGGAAGUGCCUUUUUAUCCUUUGUAUGUGGGGGAGUUCCCUUGGCAAUGUACAGGAACUGCAUUCUCUGUCCUGACCCUGUAAAGGUGGGGCUAACUUUGCUGUGACCUACAUUACCAUGGGCAAUAAGUUGGGUAUUUAGAGAUGUUAAGUUAGCUGCUUUGGACCAUUGGCCUUCCAUGUGGCCCAUAUCUGCUUGCAUGUACCAAUCCAGGAUCCCAGAAGUUUUCCAGGGUUUGCUAUAAACUAAACAUUACAGUAUUACCUCCAAGAAUGUUGCCUUUCCUAAUUAAGGAGAGGCCUCCUAUGGUCCUAGGUUAGUCAGCAAAACCUUUUGAGCCCCUACUAAGAAUUCUGCUUGGAUUUCUGGGGAACUCAACAGUGGGGCAGAUGUAACACUGUCCUCUCUGUAGAUGGUAAGCCUCUUGUGGGCAUCCAUCCUCUUAGUCAUCUGCUAAAUCCCAUACCUGCCACACAGUAGGUUGUCAGUAUCUGACCAAUGGCUACCUUCCACUCAUGAUCUGUGUGCUGGUCUUCCCAGGAUUGAAAAGUCUCCCACAGUGACUUAUUUUGCUGGAUUUUACAUGAGCAACUUGGCACACAUGGGGCUGGUUAAUAUAGAGUGGAGACUCAUACAGACUAGACUGUGCAGAGCCUGGCACCUGACACACCACGCUGGUCUCCAUACGUCCUGCAGGGUCUCUGAGACCUGACACACUGCACAUUACCAACAUUUAUUACCUUUAAUCUUGGAUUUUGUUUACUAUAUUUUAUAUGGGGCUGAAAUCUUUCCCAGAACCCACUGCAUUGAUCCUCACAUCUCUGUGAUGGGUACUGCGUCCCCCCCACCCCCCCACCCAUUGGAUGGAGCUCUGUCUUGGCUGUCAUCUCAGGUUUGGAUGUGAAUAGAAACCACAAGCAGAAGCUGGGGCUUCAGAUUUUCAUUUUACCUGUUAUUACCCUGCUAGAUUUUCAUCUAAUCUUUUGGCACACAAGCAUUUUUAAUAAAAUAAUCAUUUUCAGUAUAACUUAAACCCCUAAACAUGUCCUUUGCAAGUUGCACUGAUCCAAGCUGAAAGAAGAGAAACAGUGUAUUUGAAAGAGAAACUUUUUACUUUCAAAGAGCUGAUACUUCAUUUAUACCUGCUUUACCACAUAUAAUCAGUAAGGGGAAAGAAAUUGUAUCUUAGAAUGUAGAGGAAAAUAUUUUGCCAGCUUUCUAAGAAUCACUGCAAUAUUUUGUACAGUGGCUUCAGAAAUCAUAGCAAUUUAUGGCAUAAGGGUAACUGACCUUCUUGUCCAUAUCUUAGACGAGUAGGAGCUUCUGCCAGCUGGCAGUGAGGUUUCCAUAGGAUUAAACUAUUUUCUGUCUCUUUGGCAAGCCAGCUGGUAAAACUGUAAACAUUUUUGUAUUUUCAGAAGUAAUUCUGUUAUUACUUUGACUUUUAACGUGUCUCACCUUUGCCUCAUUGCAGUAGUUCCACUUACAUGACCUAUAAGGAACUCAGUUAUGCUUGGCUGUGUCUGUAUUCUUUGGUCCGAUGCAAACAGUUUAGGAAAGUUUGUUCUUUUUCAAUCCUGUCAUUGAAGCUCUCUAAGUGAUUGGAGUUUUUGACUUUCUCCCUUUCUCGUGAAAUCAAAUAUCUAAUAUAUAAAAACAAUGUAAAUUAAGUCGUUAAGAAAUGUCUGUUGUCUUCUCUAUUUUGAGAUUAAAAACUAGCCUUUUAAGAUUACUAAACUGAAAUUUAGUCUAAUUAUAAUUUCUUAUUUUGAUGCCCUCAUGGCCAAACACAGUUGUUGUAAAUUCUUAAGUCACUGUGAUUUGAAUUCAAGAAGUCAUGGGAAGGUGGGGGAGGAGAACAGCACCCAGAUGCCAGACACAUUGCAUCUGUUGGAAUGAGAAUGAUUAGCCAGCUACUAUGGUUCACUGUAAAAAAUGGCCAUUUCACUAAUUCAGAUCUCAAGUGGAGGUAGGUAGGGUCAUUCUUCUCUCUGGUUGGUCAAUUAUUUGUAUUAGAACUUUGUUUUUAAGGACUUCAGUAUGAAUGGUAGGUUCUACAGUAUCUUAUUUUUAUUGUUCUUACUUGGCAAUUACAAAUAAGGUGUUUUGGGGGGGUAAUUUUUUUCAAGUUAAAUCAGUGAACUUGCUUUAAAUAUGACUCUCUCUAGUUUACUUUAUUGUGCUUCCUGUUUAAUUGGAUGAGAAAUGUAUGCAUUUAUUCCCUUGUUCUUUGUGUUGAUUGGAAAACUCUGCUCUUGGCUACCUCAUUAUGUCGUGUGCUUGAUCCCCUGCCAGUUUAGAAGAAUUCAACACAUUCUGUCCUUUAACAAAAGCCUGGAAGCAAGCGGUAAGCGGCCUUGAGGAAUACAAUUCUCUAAGGCGGAUUUUUCCAUUUUACUACUUUUUUUUUUUAAUAGGCACUUUUAAUCAGGAGGAACAAUAAUUCUCCUAGAGCUGCUGCAAAGUGAUUACUUGAAACCCAACUUGAACUUUAAAGAGUCUUUAAAAGGCUAUGUUUUCAUAACGUAGAAAAGUAGUGUAUUUAAACACCACUGCUGUGUAAAAUAGAGGGCUUAAUUUCUAUCCUUGUGAAGAUCAGACGGGAAUAUUUGUCUAUCUGUAAAUUGACCCUGGAAUUUAGUUUGAGGCGACUAUUUUCAUUUUCUAUAAGGUGCUAUUACAAACAGUUUAAGGAUGUUUAAGUGUAUUUUCAUGAAUUCGUUUGCCAUUAAUUUUUGAUUUUGAUGAAAAUAGAGGCUCAUUACUAAGUUCCUCUUGUCUUUUAGAUCUGAGGGUUUAAGAGGAAACUCUGAGAGGGUUUCCUCAGUGCAGGGGUGAGGUUGGCCAGACGAUAUAGAAUUGCAUCAUAUUUGUUCGAUGUGUCCUCAGACUGUGCCUUCCCUCAGGGCACAUGUGGGGCUCUGUCCUCCCUGGCAUCUGGCAGCGGACCUGCUCACCAAGAUAGGGGAGCCGAGACACCCAUCAAUUCCGAUGGUAAACCUUCCCCUCCAGGAGGGAUUUCCUGUUGGAGUUACCCAGUAUCCCUCAUGGCCAAAAGAGUUAUUGUGUCUGUUCUGAAACACCCAGGAGAAACACUUGUACCAGGAAGAAUCUAAAAGCUUAGCUCCCAUUAGUAAGACUCCAUGUUCACCCUUGUGUGAUUUCAAGUCAGAUUUGUUAGAUGACAGUUGCUUAGCACACGGGGCUCUGGUAACAAGCCAUUUCCUUCCGUGGGCUUCAGGGGGACCAAGACUGGCCCUUUAAAGCUUUCUUAAUUCAGUUAUUUUGAGGAAAACAUUCUGUGUACUUCGCUGAGCAAACCUAGAGCCUACCAGCAUGGGUCAGCUUUGGCAUCGUUUACCUGUGGGUUUGAAGACUCGACCACUAACUGCUCUGUGAUCUUCAGAAAUUUUUUAACCCCACAGUUUCUCAGCUGUGGGAUAACAACUCUGGGGGUGGUGUGGGGGCUCAGUGAAGUCAUGAAGGUGAGCAUUGGCAUCACACGUGCCUUUGCGCAUACACCGCUGUGGUUAUGACUGAGGCUGCUGUCUCCCCUCGCUGUGAGCCUCUGGUCGCUGACAUGUCAGCAGCUGUGGGGUAGGGGCUGCCCCUCACUGGGCUUCAGGUGUCUUCGUUCUGUGUCCGUGACAUACAUUCUAGCCCCUGCCACGACUCCCAUCCACAUCUCUGAUAUUUACAUUCAAAGUAAUCCUAGGUAGCUGAAACAUCUGAAAAUAUGUUUAGAAUAUUUAGAUCUGUUAUAAAUAACCCUGAAUUCAGGAUAUGCCUAAUGUAGUCCUCUAGUGAUACUUAGAAGUCUAUCAGAAUGAAAUUGUCCCUUUUUCCCUAAAAAAUCUGAAGUGUUAGUCUAUAUUGAUCAAUAACCUGGAUAUUUUCUAGGUCUCUAUUUGAGGUCAGUAGACCUAUGCCUUCUUUCUUAACUUGAAUAUUACGUGAAACUUAAAAAGAGAGCAAACAUAAUUUGUGUUGUGUGUGUGUGUGUGUGUGUGUAGAACUUUUGUACCGUCAAUUAUAGAAGGGUUAUAUAUAACAAAGUAAUAUAGAAAGUGAACUAUUUAAUACUUUUAUAAUAUCACUUCCUUUCUAGUUCAGCUGAUGGGACUAGAGGUUUAGCUGUAUGAAACAAGCCCAGCUUGUCUUGAUUUUAAUAGGAGAUUUGAUGAAGUCACUCUUGAUAUCUUUGUGAAUGAGAGAAAGAAAUAGAAAUAGGAGUGAAAGUGCUAAAAAAACGGCCUGAACAGCCACACCCAGACAGUGUAGGUAAGGAUGAUCCUCGUCAACUUGGACCAGUGACUCAAACUAUCCUUUGUAACAUUUGUAUUAGUAACUUGUCUAAAUAUAUAGAAGGCUGAGAACAGUGCUGGGAGGGAUUAAGUGUUGGGUAUUAGAGUCUACAGCCUAAUAAUGUCUUAUGUUUAGUUUAAAAAAGAUAGUUCCUAAUUAAAAGAGAAAGGAAAAGUAUGGCAUAGGAGUUUUCAUUAUUAGAACCUAAGCAAACUGUGAUUGGAAAAAAAGCACAUAUCUUUAUAGGGCUGGUAGCUAGAAAAAUAAGUCAGUUCUGCUGCUUUGGGGUACUGCAUGGGGUGGGCCCCUGAACCACCUACUGCAGUAAGCUGUCAGUACCAGGCAGCCCCCUGUGAGAGCCCAGAGCAUACCUGGAGGCCAUCUGGAGGAUCCCAGCUUGGGGAGGGGAUGUUUCUAGGAGCUAUCCAACACCUGCCCCACCCCCUCAAAGACCGCAGGUUCUGACCCUAAAGAAGUCUUAGGAGGAAGCCCUAAGUUGGCAUGUGUGCUUAUGCCAACAGGCAGAAGCUACAAAGAUAGAGUCUCUGAAAAUCACAGGGAUGAGUCCUGCAGCUCUGACUUGCAAACUGUUCUGUAAACAGUUCAUUGAAAAGGAAGAAAAUAACGCUUAUACUUCAACUUUUUCGUUGUGAGAAGAGCCCUCCAUUUUCUCCACUGAGCUCUCCCUGUUCUUUCCUGCCCUCCAUUCCUCCAUGCCCACCACCAGGUCUCCCACUGAGGCCAUUUUAACCCUUCGCACAUAAGAAUUUUAAUUCUAGCAGAACUUUGAGAAAUAUGCAUUCAUCUAGAGAUUCCCACAAGACUGUUAUCAACUUGAACAGUGAUUCUUGCUUUGUAUAAUUUCUAAGUCUCUCAGUACCUCUGCAGUCAAGAUAGCUGAAAUUAUAUUCUUUUAAGCAGAACCCAUGGGUGAUCCACAGCCCAGGGUGCAGUAGAGGGGAGGGGGUCAUAGCACUAAGGAAUGGAGUUGGCUGAGCUUCCAGGCCCCUUCCCACUCUGGGAAUCAGCAGCCUUGCUGAGGACUACCUUUUUGUUCUUGAAGAAGAAUUUCCAAAGGACACAAUUCCUCUUCUGUUUUGUCUCUCCUCUGAAAGCACAUGCCAUCUUAGUUCCAGGGGAGAGAGGAGGCACCACACUAGGUGUGUAUCUGCCCAACAACACC